UUGGGGACUGGAGUUUCCCUAUCAGUCCUCUUGCCAUCUUAUAACAGAUGUUCCCUAUCACUAGCGGUUAGCACAGAGCCCCACGCGAAGCUCGAACUCAGGAGCAGUGAGAUCUUGAUCUGAGCCAAAGUCCUCGCUUAAGGACUGAGCCACUCAGGUGCCCCUCUUUUUGAUAUUUUGACAGAGUUACGUCUUAAACACAUCUACAAUUUUGAGUGAAUUUUCGUAUAAGUUGUAGUUACUGCCUACAUUUAGUUUCAUUCGAUAUGGUUUUCAAUGAAUUGUUCCUUAAGUAUCUCUGGAGAGAUCAGCGGAUAUUGGGCCGCAUUUCAGUUCGAAAUCUCCAAAAUGUAAUAAACUCAGCUGGAGCCGGGAGCGGGGCGGUGCCUCCGCGGAAAGGCGCGCGCCCGGACCUGCUUCUUCCCCCAGCGCCCGCAGGGGGCGCGCGAGCCCUGCUCCCUGACCCCCGCCGGGCAUGCGUGCUCCUGCCUCGUCCGCCUGCGGUCGGGUCCACAGGAGCUCGGUCUCCUCAGGAUCCGCUGUGGGGGAUUCGAGAGGACGUGGAGCCGCGUCCACGCUGACAGGAACCGUUGUCCUCAGGACUCACUGCGCGGGCUUCGAGGAGACGUGGAGCCGCGUCCACAAGAACAGAAAUCAGGUCUCCUCAGGACCCGCUGUGGAAGAUUUGGGGUGACGUCGGGGCUGCGUCCACAGGGACAGGAACCGGGUCUCCCCAGGACCCGCCUUGUCGGAACUGGGGGGACGCUGGGCCUCAUCCACGCCAAGAACCCGGUCUCCUCAAGACCCGCUGUGGGUGCUUCGGGAGGACGCGGGGCCGCGUCCACACCGCUCCGGGGCCGCGGGGCCGCGCGUCCGUGUUCCUGUUCCGCGCCGACUCGGUUCCCGCCGCGUCCUCACGCGGCUGGCGGCCCGGGAGCAGGUGCCCGGGCGGUGCUCGCGAUCCCAGCGCUGUGACCCGCCCACCGCCUGUGGCUCGCGUGGCCCCCGCCGCGGGGCAGCGGGGUCUCAGUGUGGCCCGGCCUCGGCACCGGCUUGGACGUGGCCUCCGCUUUGUGGCGCGAGGCGUGAGUUACUCACUGUGCGGUGACUGCAGACGCGCAGUGAACUUGUCGCAGCCGCACAGAUGCUCGUCAUCGCGACACUCCGGCUCCCCAGGCGGGGUUUCUUCGCCACAGUUGCCGCUUCCCGCGUGUUUUACCCCAAACAGGGUCACUCCCCCGAAUGAGGAAAUCCCCGCGGUUUCCCACUCCGGCAGCCCCACCUGCGUCCCCACCCGCUUCCCCCGUCUGAAGUGUGUUUCUCGGUUCUGAUCCGGUUUAUUCUUCUGGAAUUGUUCCCCAGAGUUUCCCUUAUUUGCAUAACCUGGGUGGAUUUGGGGAGCAAGACGUUCCAGUCCGAGCGGUCUUUUUCCAUGAGGCUUGUGGCAGUGAGCGGUCUUCGGCGUCCGUCCCUGUUGUGACACGAAUCGGUUGGCUUUUCGUUGUGAUUCGGAGCAUGUGACAACACUGACGACAUCUCAAGUACAAAGUUCUGUGGCGGCAACUGCAUUCACACCGUUGGACGUCCAUGUCCAGAACUUUCUCAUUUUUGGCAGUGAAACUACGUGCGUGAGAACACCAGCUCCCCGUUCGCCUUUCCCAUCGGUCCCUGCAGCCACAGUCCAUCCACUUUCUGUCUCGGAACUGACUUCUCUGGGUGCCCUCGCGCAUUCAGUGUUGAGGGGUACACAUCUAGGAGUAGAGUCGUCGAGCCAUAUGAUCAGAUGGAAGAACCUUGAAUGGUAAAGGAAACAUUUCCUGCACCACUGUUGGCAUAAUCAGCAAGAUAAACUUUAACUGGUUGGACACCCCUGCAGCUGAGAGAUUCUGGGACCUCUGACAAACAUCCAGAAGGAGUGCAAGAAGCCCCAUAUCCUCUUGUGAGAGACCUGGGUGGAUGCCCUUGAGAGGUCUUUGGUGAAAACAGGUCCCUGGGCAGGUGACAUGCCCCUUUUACAGACAUUCUUCAAAGCCUUUGUCAUUUCUAAUUCUCUUUAAAGCUCAGUAAAGGAAGGACGACCAUGCCUGCAAAGUGGCCAGAUGAUCUCAAAGCUGGGCCCUUUAAGUUCAGAGGCCUGAUGAUUUGUGGGCCAGGGUUAGGUUUGGCCUCAAGAUCCACUUCUGCAGUGCCAUUCCAGCCCUGAAAAUAUGGUAAACUUCUGAGUUCCUCACUGAAUUAUUUUAUGCAGGUCAUAGGCUCCAAAUCUGUUCUUUACUCAUAACUUGAAGGUGGAACAGGCCUGAAUAAGGAAGCAGGUCCUGCCUUGGGGUGGGGAGUUCAGACAGGACCAUACCCCAGCCCACAUUUUCACCUCACGGGGCCUGGCUAAGCCUCAUCUGGACCCUUGACCUCAGACACCAUGAGAUGUUAAACGUGCCUUGUUUCAAGCCGCCCAAUUCACUGUAAUGUUGUUUAUGCCAGGAUCACUGAUGCCAGUGUCUUCCUAUGUCUGAGCACAUUUACACCCUUCUCUUUGAAAGCCACCUGUGCCUCUGGGAGGUGGUGCCACACCAACGGACUGGUCCCUGUGAGCCACACAGAGACAGUCGCCGUGAUUUCUCUGUUGCUCACAGCAGCUGAGCACGUUCAUUGAAGAUCUGUGCAUGUGUUUGCAGGGAUGACCCAACACAGGCUCUGUCAUGGGCAUGAAUCUGCACAAUUCAGGUACAAAAAGUACCACACUGCCUUCCCAAAGGGGCAUCGUGGUGAGUAGAGUGUAAAGUAGAGUAAAGAUGCCAAGAACAGAAAGGAUUUUACUGCCUCUAUCUGACCGGGGUCUGUAGUCUCUAAUUGACUAAUUGUUCCAGCCACCCCUGAGCUCCAGCAAGAGAUCCCAAAGGCAAAGCAUCCCUUGCUGGAACUAACACUACACCCUCAACCAGCAAGGACUGCCCUGAGCUGGCAAGACCCUGCCCAGGACUGACCCCACGACAAUGAGGGGCCUAACCUCAGUGUCCCCUUACAUGCACCCACCAGCCUCCCUGGCCCCCUGCACAUACCCAGUGCCCACCUGCACCCACCCUCGUCCCCCAUGCACACACCCACCUGUUCCCCUGUGUGUACCUAUAUGGCUCUCCUGCACGCACCAAACUGUCCCCUGCCCACACCCACCUGCUUCCUGCCAUGGACGCAUCUGUACCCCAGCACACACCCACCCACCUUCACUCUUUCUGUAGGAACCCACCCACUUCCCUGCCCCCUGCAUGCACUCAACAUGCCUUUACUCCACCUGCACACAGACACAUGCCCAUCUGCACGCACCCACUCUUCCUGCUGUUCCCCUACAUGCACCAUCAUUCCCCAUGCACCCACUCACCCGCCCUCCUCCUGUACGCACCCACCUGCCCCUCUACACGUGCCAACCUGCUCCCCUGGCCCCCGAAUGCACCAACUCACUCCCUUGCCCGUAUGCAUGCCCCCACCUGCCCCCCCCCCCCUGCCGUAUGCACCUACUUACACCCCUCUGGAACCAACCUGCCCCCUUGCCCCCCUGCAUGCACCCACAGCCUCCCUGUACAUGCCCAAAUGGUCCCCCUACAUGCACCACCUACCUGCUCAUGCACCCACCUGCACCCUUGCUCCCUGCAUGUACCCAUGGGCCCCUCUGCAUGCACCCACCCACCUUCACUCCCUCCUGCACACACCCUGGGGCCUCUGUUUCAAUUUUCCUUAGAUAAACCUGGAUGUGUUUUCAGCUCUUGGGUAAUAGUCCCUGAGACGUUGGUUCACUAUCUUCCUGGUGUCAUCAUCACUGAAAUGAAUUACAUUCUUGUGUCACUCCCACUCUUCUCUCUGCCUCUGGAUUCUGUCAUCAUCGAGUGGCCAUACCCAGUCUGUCUGGGGUCCCUGGAGCUGGUGCUCUCGUAUCCCAUGCCCUGGUUACAGGACACAGCAGUUGGAGGAAAGAGACAAGGCCAAGUGCUCCUGAGGAGACCCGGUACAUCUGCAGGAAAAUCCCAGGGCACCCCCUCCCAGGGAAGAAGGGGUGCCCAGGCUUGCAGCAGGUGCAGCCAAGGCCCUGAUGCCCUGACAGGCUUCACUACAUGACUGGAGUCUGGGGAAGCUCUCAUCCAAGUUGGAACAUGAAGAGGAGAGUUUCUCUCCACAUCUUUCUGGAUUCAGGUUCAUGUUGCUGGAGGUUUAUCUCCAGGAAGAGACCGUGAGUGGAACUUCUGACUUGUCCCAUAAUGUUGUCCCUAGAGGAAUGGUCUGCAUGGGUGACAAGAUGAUUCUUCCACAUGGCUGUAGGCAGGUGUGGGGUCUCCAGGCUGGCACUGCUCUUCCCUCAGUGGUGUCCCUACUCUGCUCCUGUCCUGCCUUCUCCGGGUAGCUAUGAAACAAGCAGGGAAAUGGAAGAGCAGGUGAAACUUUGGAAGAGGCCACGUCCCCUUAGAUGCUCAGGACUGUCAGACCUGAUGUUCACACAAUUGCCACUGUGAGUAUGGUCAAAGGAAACACCCAUGGACAUAAAAGGGCUGUUGGCAUGAAUCAUUACUAACAAUCACAGCGUCUGCAGUUUCAUGGCCUGAAAUGGGUCCUCUUGAGACACACCAACGUGUCUAAUGGCCCCCAUUGCCCAUAAACACUCACAGCAGCUGGGAAGGCACCAUUCCCACCUGAUGGAUUGUGCCAGUAUCUGUUGGACCCACCUGCUCGGAGCAGCCCAGGCGGCAGGGAUCCAAUUGCAGACUGGCUGUCCCUGCCUGGUACAGCACCUGCUCUCUAGAAUCUUCCUUGUCUCUGUGUUUCUCAUCCCUUUCCCUCUGCCUUUCUGUCCCCUGUCCCUAACUUCCUGCUGAGUAUUCUUACAAGCCAGCAGUUCAGCUUAGGGGAAAUUGGGUGGCCAAGAGAGGCUCACCACACUCAAUGAAUUUCAAAAACAUUGUGGUUAUUACCUCCCAGGCCAAAAGACUAUCCAUUUCCCUGGGUGCAUCCUGGCUCUUUGCUGGAAAUGAGGGCACUUUUUAAAUCUUCAUUAUUUUAAAAUAACAAGUAUUGGUUGGGAUGUGGAGAAAAAGGAACCCUCAUGCACUCUUUUUUUUUUCCUCAUGCACUCUUGGUGGGAAUGCAAACUAGUACAGCUACCUUGGAGAACAGUACAGAGUUUCCUCAAAAAGUUAAAAGUAGAACCACCCAAUGGUCUAUAAUUCCACUCCUGGGUAUUUACCCAAAGGAAAGAAAAUCACUGUCUGGAAGAGAUCUCUGCACCCUCACAUUCAUAGCAGCAUUUUUCAUAAUGGCCAAGUCAUGGAAACAGGUUAAGUGUCCAUCCAAUGAGUGAUGCCUAUACAAAGGAAUAUUGCUCAGCUGUAAAAAAGAAUGGGCAGAUCUGGAGGACGUUAUGCUGAGUGAAAUAAGCCAGACACACAAGAAAAGGCUGUGUGGUCUCACUUACAUGUGGAAUCUGAAGAAAAGAUAGAAGCCAAGCACAGAAUGACCUGGGGUAGGGACACGAUUGUGGGGCACACUGUGGCAGUGACGCAGGAGGAAGCCUGGAGACCUGGCGCCCAGCAUGGUGACCAGCUGACAGCCCUGUACUGAAUGUGUGUGACUUCAGAUGCUGUGACCACACACAGAUGGUGACUGAGUGGGGAGAAGACGGGUCCAGAGCUUGGCUCCAGCCAUCAUGUCACUGGCCCCUGGACCUCCAACAGCCCAAGAUGAUUCUCUGUGCAGUAGCCUCAGCAGCCACCUGAGAUGCAACGCAAUGUUCCUGGUCAGCAGGGGUGGCCACCCUACUCCACAGUGAUCCAUCCCAGAGCCCCUCAGUGCAGUGACCAAGACCCGGGCUGCAGAGGCUGGGCUGUGGCACACAGCUGUCUUCAGGAGGACAAGCAAUUUAACAUACCAAGGCAUCUGACAUGAGAGGAGAAGCUAUUUUCUUCAUUGGAAAAAUAUUUCAGAUGAUAUGAAUUGUACACAGUAAAAUUGAAAACAGACCAAAGUGGGUUUUGCUGUUGCCAAAACCCACUUCUACAGGGCCUGGCCAGAGGAUUUCCAUCCCUGAGCACUGGACCAGGAAUGUUCCCAGCACAGGGACUCUGGCAGGGAGAAUCUGUGUCUGUAUGGUCCCCUGCACUUGCUGAGGAGAUUGGCCAGCAGUGGGCUGCCUUCAGGUGUCCAUCCCAGGAAAGGCAGUGCUUGCAGCAACUGCCUGGCCUGGUUCCGUCUGAGGCAUCAGUGGUUCCUGUGAACACGAGCAGAACCUGGAGCUGUCAUCCACGUGUGGCCCAUGACAGUGGCAGCUUUGUGAUACCCUGUGCCAUGUCCAGUCUCCACAUUGGCCGCUGCUAUGACACCCGACAGGAACCCAAAGCAGAGAGGGAUUCAGGAGCAGACCAGCUACUGCUUGGCUCCCACAAAUGGUCACCUUGGAACUCUUUAUGGAAGAGGACAAAACACCACCACCACCACCGUUUCAUAACCCUGCAGUGAAUGUGGAGACAACAACCACCCACCCCCAAAAGGAAACUCCAGCAGGGUACAUGUAUCGAACCUAUGGUGUUGGUCAAGUAUUUUGGAUCAAUAAGUGAGGUUGUACUUUUGACUGGUAAGUGUAAAUCUAAUUCCCUUGGAGGGGAUAUUAUUCUCUGAGGUUACCCCAACCUAAAUUGUUGGCCCGUGGGGAGAUGUGUUUUCUGUAUUGGUUGUAUUGAUGUAGUCUCUUUAGGCCAGUGAAUUAAAGCUCCAUAGGGUCUUGUCCUAUUCCCGCCUCUUCAUGGGAAGGUCCAUUUCACCGAUUGGAAGAGACAGUAAAACCCUCGCGUGGCCAUUUAUAUGAAUCACUAUUUAGGGAACAAGUGAUUAUGCUACCUUUGCAGGGGCAGGAUACCAUGGCCAUUUCACGAAUGUCCCUGGGCAGGCAGGGCCUCUAAUACUACAAAUGCUAGAGGUGAUUUUAUUGGUAAACAGGUGGGUUUGUGUUCACUGAGUUCCUUUUACUUCUGUUCAUCUUUCCUUGAUUGCCUAUCUGUGUUGGGUCAACAAUUGGUUUGAUAUUGACUUUACAGUUAGGUUAUUUUUAUCUUAUGGUUAACUAUCCAUGGUUAUCUGUUCCGAUAGAAGCUUAUGCAAGGACAAAUAUUUCUUGUUGCACAUACUAGCAUUAUCACUUCUAGUGUGAAAUUCACCCGGUCGUAACUUAGGGGUUGGUUGUCUUUUUUUCGUAUUCGGAUAUUAAGAUCGUAUGCCAGUGCCUGAGCCCUACUAUGAUCGUUCAUCACCACAGCCCUAAAAACCACCCACAGUAUGCGAAUCAUAUUUUUCGCCCUUCUAGGACAGCCUGAUACACCUACUUGGCGAUGCAGGGGUGUAAUGCUCGAACCCCUCAUCAGCGAUGGACGGGUGUCAUGCUAGCACUCCCCCAUCGGCAAGGGAGUAGUGAUGCCACUACUAAAUCUGACAUUUCCGAAUAGCUUUCAUCACUGUCAGAGCUGAAGAAGCAGUCAUAUGUUACAGUUAGGGUUAGGGUUAGGAUUAGGGUUAGAGUUAGGGGUUAGGAUAAA